AUGCACUGGCCCUGGUUCGUGGUGCUCCUUGCGCUGCUGGUGCGCGCCGACCCGUGCAUUUACACGGGCAAGACGGCGCGGGGCCAGGACGACAAGGUGGACCUCGCGCCCGUCUUUGCCAAUGGGCCGCUGAGCAUCGACUCGGUUGUGCCGACGCCGCCGAGCCGCACGCGGACACAGGUGCAGAUCGACCUGUGCAACCCCUUGCCGAUUGACAAGGCAAAGAACGCCGAAGACCAGUGCCCGGACGGGACGCUCGUGUGUCUGUCGGUGACCAAUGAGAAGCACGGCGAGAAUCGCAUCGAGCAGGUGGUCCCGGCCGCGACCAAGGCCGAGACCAGCAAGCUUGCCGAGACGCUCGAGCGCAAACCCGCGCGCGCGAAUGCGCCUCGCUUCAUCAUCCACCUCGCCGCACCGAGUUGGGGCGAGAUUGUGCAAAAGACCCAGGUUCAGUUCUUUUGCAGCCCAGAGCACAAGGUGCCGAUCGCUCGGCCGUCGGACCACCUGAGCUGGGACAGCAAGGCGCCGCUUGCGCUGGACAUUUUGUCGAGCGAGGUGUGCCACGGCCGGCAUCCGAGAGCAUCGGAUUGCUAA